AUGCGUCCCUUGAAAUUGAUCCACCUGCUUACUUUGAGCUUGACACCGUCGGUCGCCCUAUCUCAGCCUGAGGUCAUCACUCGGGAUGUCUGCAUCCUCGGGGGUGGUGGCACCGGUAGCUAUGCCGCUGUGCAGCUCAAAGAACGGAAUCAUUCAGUUGUUGUCGUGGAGCAGAAGAACCGACUGGGAGGCCACUCAGAUACGCUAUAUCUACCCACCGGCGAGUACAUCGACUAUGGAAUACGCGCCUAUUUCAACGACAAAUCAGUCCGGGAUUUCUUCAACCAGCUGAACGUUGACUACGAACUCUUCAGGCCCGGCGCAAUCUCUACCCAGUAUGUCAAUCUUCGGACUGGUAGGAGAGUAGAUUAUAACAUUGACUUACUGGACACGAUUCGGGGCAUGAUUCGGUAUCGCGCGGCGCUUGAGCCUUUUGACUACCUCAGUACUGGUGCAUACUACCUCCCAGACGAGGUUCCAGAGGCGCUGCUCCGGCCGUUCAGGGAGUUUGUCGAAGAGCACAGUCUGCAGGGCGCGUUGGAGCUGAUAUACACUUUUACCGAUGCGCUUGGUGACAUUCUUGCGACGCCACUGCUAUUCGUGAUACAGCUCUUUGGAACCUCGCACAUCAACGCCCUGCUCCAGGGGCCGUACAUCAGACCGAAAAAUGGAACCGCUGCGAUCUUCCGUGCGGCAGCGAGUUAUAUUGAUGAGUAUCGCAAUAUUCUCUACGAGGCGAAUGUCACUCGGACCAUUCGAAAUUCCAACGGCGUUGAACUCAAUGUCGACACUCCUGGAGGCAGCAAGCUCAUUCGGGCAAAGAAACUCCUUGUCACCUUCCCCCCAAUACUCCAAAAGCUCCAGGGAUUCGACUUGGAUCAGAAUGAACUCUCCAUAUUUUCCAAGUUGGUGCAUGUGGCCUACCAUGCUGCUGUCCUUAACAACACUGGCAUUCCGGAUGGGCUUAACAUUUUCAACAUGGACCCUAACAACCAGCCUGGUAGCCUUCCUGUUGCCCCAUUUGAGUGCAUCCUGGAUUAUUCUGGUGCUCCUGGCUAUUACAGAACAAGGAUUGUGGGAGCAGAUAAUUUCACAGAGGUCGAUUCCAGACAGCUCGUCCUCGACGACCUGCGGCGCAUGGGCGAUGCAGGCACGUUCCCAAUACAUGAAAGCCCUGAUAUCGUCGCAUUUGCGUCUCACACGCCAACCUCAGUGACGGUUUCGGUUGACGACGUACGGGAUGGGUUCUACAAACGGCUGAACGCACUGCAGGGACAGCGCAGCACUUACUACACUGGCUAUUCGUUUUGUACAGAUUACUCGGCCCAGCUAUGGAACUAUACCCGCAGCAUUGUGGACAUGGUAGAAUCAGAGCUGUUCGAUUAG